UCGCUCGUAUCGGGGACCGACAGCCCCUCCCCGUGCUCUCGCUCCGCCUGCCCCCGCCCUCGCGCCUCGCCGCUCGCCCUCCCUCCACACCCGGCGGUGACUGUCGCCUUUGAUACGUGCAGUGCGUCGCGCGCUCGUCGUCUUCCCCCCUCCGCGUCUCCCUCUGGACUCCUCUCGCCUCCGCGGACGCGUGCACCGAGUUACUUACCGAUCAACCCAGCCGGCUCGCUCUUCUUUCGGACGCCAGCUCGCCUCGCCCCAGCACACCCGGCAGGCAUAAUUUAAUUGACUCCACCACACACACACUCAAGGACCGCCCGCCGACGCCUCCAGCAACCAUGCGGAUGACCGACAUGGGCCCCAUUGAGACCCCGAGCUACGGCAGCCCGAAUCGCAUGCACGUGCUGGCCAACGGCGACAUCAUCGACUGCGGACGCCUGCCGCAGACCGCCCGCAACAACCUCUACAAGACCGAGCUCUGCAAGCACUACACGGAAAACGGCAGCUGCCGCUACGGAUCCAAGUGCCAGUUCGCGCACGGAGAGGAAGAGCUGCGCGGUGUGCUGCGCCACCCCAAGUACAAGACCACGCGCUGCAAGGCCUUCAUGUCCACGGGCAAGUGCAUGUACGGCUCGCGCUGCCGCUUCAUCCACACCCGGCACCCGGGUGACGAGGACCAGCGGUUCGUGGACUACGGCAGCAGCGACCUGUCCAGCACUGCGAGCGAGUCGGACGAUCAGGAGACCCAGUCCAAGGAUCUGCUGGUGAACCCGUACGGCACCAUGCUCGAGCCCAUCGAUCUGUCCGUGCCGUUCGGCGGCUUCAACCAGCAAAUGUCUUUGGCCCCGCUAGCUGGUCUGUCCCCGCCCAAGCCGGAGUUCGACAACUACCUGAGCCGCGACCCGUUCCUAGACUAUUCGUUCCAGAGCAGCGACCUGGGCAGCUUCGGCCUGCGCAGCAGCAUCACGAGCAGCUGCAGUGCUGAGGCGCUCAACGCUGUCUCGCCGCGCUCGGCCAGCAGCACCGAGUCGGCGACGUCCAAGUUUUCGCGCCUGACGAUUUUCCAGCGCAUCUGCCGCGAGGACGAGUAGAGAGUGCGGUUGUUGUGGCACGUCACCAGCCAGCAGCACCAAACUUCUCGUCCCGCCUCAUCAUAAUUUAUCAGACGACCCCCAAGUGCACAAAAAUGAGAGUGACGUGAAGCGACACAAGCAAGAAGGUCAGGCUUCGACGCCGACGCUGGCUGGCGACGAGAGCCCCAAAUCUCCCCCCAACUGGAUGUGAAGAGAGAGAGAAAAUGUGUGUAUAACUGCGUCGGUGGAUUGACGGCAGCCUCGUUUUCAUUUCCCCGCCUCCAGCCUGUAGCAUUUUUACAAAGAAAAACGUUUUUAUUGCCAACCCCAUAAGCAACCAAGAGUAGAGUGUAGUCUACAG